AUGUCUCAGCAUCAUGUAACUGGUGUUCCUAAAUAUUUAUCAUUCGUUACCAAUCGUUUACUUGAAACAGCCGUAUGGACGUUUGCUGAAUUAGGUAUUGCCGAUCAUCUUGCAGCCGCUGAUGCACCACAAACGGCUGAAGAAUUGGCACAAAAACAAGGAUGGAAUAUUGAAUAUCUCUAUCGACUAUUACGUACUGUAGCCGAUGCUGAUAUUGUACGUGAAAUAAUUUCGAAUGAAACAAUUGAACCAGAAAAAACAAAUUGUUUUGAAUUAACUGAAGAUGGUCGUUUUCUCACAUCGGUUCAUCCAAGCAAAGCUCGAUAUUUAAUUUGUUGGGAAUUAAGUCCUCUACUCAAAACAGCUUCACAUUAUUUACCUGAUUUAAUACGUGAAGGUUCUAGUAAAGGUACUGGUAUUCAACGAAUAAUUAAUAAUGAAUCAAUCUUUGAUUUCUUGAAAAAAGAAGAAAAUAAAAAAAUGGCUCAUAAUUUUAACGAAGCUAUGACCAGUUUGUCAUCAUAUAAUAGUCAAUAUAUUGUUAAUAGUGUUGAUUUUGAUCGAUUUAAUACAAUCGUUGAUAUCGGUGGUGGUUUAGGCUCUCUUUUAUCUCAUAUACUUGAAAAAUAUUUAACAAUAAAACAAGGUAUUUGUUUUGAUUUACCUAAUGUUAUUCAAGAAAAACGAAUUGAAACAGAAUUUGAAAAACGAAACAUAUCUAAAGAUCGAUAUCAAUUUGUCGCUGGAGAUAUGUUUGAUGCUAAAACAAUUCCACAAGCUGAUGCUUAUAUUAUGAAAUGUAUUAUUCAUGAUUGGAAUGAUGAUCGAGCCAUUGAUAUUCUUAAAGCUAUUCGAACAGCAGCUAAUGGACAACAAAUAACAAUAUUUAUUGUUGAUCUUAUUAUAUUACCUGAAACUGAGCAAAAUAAAUUUAUUAAUCAAACUGCACAUGCAAUUGAUAUUCACAUGAUGAUAUUAUUAGAUGCAAAGGAACGUACUCAAACUCAAUAUGAAUAUCUUUGUAAACAAAGUGGUUUUCGAUUUAAACAUUUAUAUCAUACAGAAACACCAUUUUCGAUCAUCGAAGCUGUAGUUAAUUAA